AUGAUUGAACUGAUUGAUGGUGAUAACUCUGAAUUGUGUCAAAAAAUCAUCAAUUUCUUCUUUCAUUUCACAUGUAUUGCAGAAAGAAAUAACUACAUGUUCAAUGCUGACCCAGAAGUUGUUCCAUUUCUAUUAAAAAAUGUAGAUGAGCACGAAUAUAUUAACUAUGUUGAGAUUUUAGAACUUUUUAAUACGACAGAUUUCGCAAGUUUAAUGGAAUCUGCUCUAGAACUGAUUGAUGAUGAAAAAUACACAGAAUUUUGCGACAUUUUUUAUCAAAAAAUUGAAAACUUCAACAAUAGAGAACAAACAUCAAUUCCUUUACCGGAUUAUAUUUUUUCAAAGCCAGUAGAUCUUGAUUACUUUGAUUCUGUUUUUGAUUGA